AGCAAAUGUCAAAACGCGCCUCACUCCAUUCAGAUAUUGACGGUUCAUAACAAGUUUUUUUCCUCAAAAUUGCAAAUAAUUUACACUGUUUUGAAAGUGCAGUUUAUUUUAAUAUUGGGGAAUAGUUUAAUUUAAUUAACACAAUGGAGAAGCCAACAGUAACUGAACAACCACCUCCUUACUCUGCGUCUGUUCCAUCAGGUCAACCAAGUGGACCAUACCCUCAACCGUCGCCGCAGCCUGGAUUCCAAAGUCCAUAUCCUCCACCACCACCUGGAUACACACCAUACAAUGCUCCAUCUAACCAGCCACACCUACCAAAUUAUGGAGCCACAAACAUUAUCAUACCACCUGCUAUCAUUGCCGUUGGAGCCUGUCCCGCAUGCCGAGUUGGAAUCUUAGAAGACGACUUCACUUGCCUUGGUAUACUGUGUGCAAUUUUAUUUUUCCCUCUUGGAAUUUUGUGCUGCCUUGCACUUAAGAAUAGAAGAUGUUCCAACUGUGGGGCAAUGUUUGGAUAGAAUGUUGAUAUAGUACAAGUAUACAGCAUUAGAAAGGAAGAUGAUAGCGGCAAAACAAAUUAAAUGUUACAUUCCUUGUACAUUUGUGUAAUAAAUUGUCAUGUCAUUGCAUGAACAAAGAACGUCCAUUUAAAACAAGACUACUUGUUGAAUUUUUUAAAUAUUUGUAAUUGAUUUAAUGAUAUUAUUUCAACAUACUGUUUUCUAAAACAGUUUUUUAAUAAGUUACAAUUAUAGAAAAAUAGCAAACAUGUUUGUUUGUCAAGGUAACUGUAGUAAAUUUGAAAUUGGGGUUCAUUUAAGAACUUUAUAAAAUCUUUCUUAUAUUUCAUAAUAAGAAAGUUUUUAAUUUUUUUAAAUUAGUUUGAGUAUAUUUGACGUAACAAGUGCCUGGAUAACGAUAUAUCUGUUAUAUAAAAAAUAUUUUCAUAAAAUAAAUGAAAAUAUUAGGCGUUUCUAAAUUUUACAAUAAACUAUCAUUAUAAUGGGAAUGAUAUCUUCUCAAAGAUCAUUCAUUGUGUGGUGAGACACAUGGCAGUUCUUUUUUGAUUUAUCAAGAAAUUACUAAAUUCUAUAUAUUCUAUAAUAUGCCUGUAUAGAAUUAUAAUAGUAUUAAGACAAAUAUAAUGGCUAUAUAAUAUAUAGCUAUAAAAAAAUUUCAUGCAGUUCUUGAAUUGAGGAGUUAAAAAAAUUAUAUCCUGAUGAUAUUUUAACUCCAUGCAAUUGGCCAAGGUCCUAAACAAAAGAAUAGUUAUAUGUAUAACAAAACAAAGAAAAAAAAUUCUAUUCAGCCUUUAUGGGACUUACUAUUUUUAUUAUUAUAAGCUGAAACAAACCAAACCACAUGACUGCUGUAGGUAUUAUUAAAAAAAAAACAAAAUUUAAAAAUUGUAAUAUUGAACUUAUAUUAUUGAAUGUUCACAGAUUCUGUCUCAAGAUAUUUAGCUGAAAAAUAUUUUUUUUUACAUAGACAGCAGUCAUGCAGUUUAGUCUAUAAUUGAUAGUGUUUACAGAUUGUAAUGUUUAUUUUUACAUUUAAGUAUGUAGAAUCUAGAAUAGGAUGUAUACAAGCAAUAAUAUAGUGUAAGUGUGAUUUAUGUUUUAAAUAACUGUUUUUUUAUAUAUUCAAAAAUAAACAGUGUAACUUUAAUACAUCAUAUACAAAAAACUGUAUGAUUCAGAAAACGGUCAAUUAUCCUUUAAUUAAGCAUUUCAUAGGAUAAUUGUAACAUAAAGUUGUUUUACGAUAUAAAUCAUACUUGCGCUAUAGAUUAGAUAUAAAACUAUGAUGCCUUAUAUCAUUAAUAUAUCUUCCAUUACAAUUUGAUUGGUUAAAUAUAAUUUAAAUCUUAUUUACAUUAAUGUAUGUUACAUUAUCACCAUGUGCCAAUAUGUUAAAGGGUUUUUCUUAUUGUAGUUUAUAUACAAAGUUCUAUUCGUUACAAUGCGAAUAGAUGCUUCUUUAUAUAAUAAAUACGUCUCAUGAUUUCAUUUUUAUUCUAAAAAAAAGUAAUACGAUUUUGUAUGGGAAAUUUUUGUAGCGCUCUGUGGGCGUAUUUGGUACUAAAAAUGCUCGAAUACAUAACGUUGGUAUUCUACUAUAAAUUAUAACAAUCAGAAAACGCAGCGCUGCCAAUAACAUUUCUAUAAGAUACAUGCAGACACGAUCAAUAUUAAUUUGUGUUUUCUUUGUACGAACUCGGUUAUAAGAUAUGUUUAACCUAUAUAUAUCUUAUUAUUACUAUUAGAUUUU